AUGGGCCCACUGUCAUCGCCACGUCUGCCUGGCGUGAUGCUACUACGAGCAGAAGCUACCGGACCAGAAUAUGCGAGAUGGAAAAGGGAAAUCAAGAGCGCUUUCACAGCAAAGGGAACUUGGGGCCACUGCGAUGGAAGUAUACCGAUGCCUAUGCCCGGAGCUGGACCGAACUUCUUUUCGCCCGUGUCACAGCCUGACAUGCAGACGACGCUUUUAGAGGACCGAAAGGCUUGGGUAAAGAAGGAUCGGGAAGUGAAGCUAGAUAUCUUCCUGUCGGUGUCGGACGACAUUAAGCUUGAGGUUUUCGAAGUUGGGCCUCCACUACCACCGUCGGCAAUGAACGCUAAGGAAAUGCUCGAGGCGCUGGACGAGCACUACGAUGGGUUGAAGUUUGAGGACUAUCAUCACGUCUUCUGCCAUUUCCUAAACCUCCACAUCGACCAAUAUACCAACAUUGAAGAGUUCAACGUGGAGUUCCAGGCUACACUCGAAGAUCUGUUAGAUCAUGGCCACCCUCUGAGCAACAUGCAGGCCUGCAGUGCCUACUUCUCAAAGCUGCGCUGCACACAGAACCCGUGGGUUGCAAAACAGAUUAAGGCAUGGGACAAUCUAGACCAGGAGCCGCAGCUUGCACAAGUCAUGCAGAAGUCCCCGCCUUGGUCAAUUAUCCGUCCUCUGACAAUGUCAACAAAAGCCGCUUCAACGCACAAAUCGGUGCCGGCAUCAAUACCUGAAGAGCCGCUAAUGGACACGCCUCCUCACUCAGACGGAGAAGACACUCCCUCGGAACACUCCGUCUCAACAAUAUCCUCCUCGAAGCCCUCACACUCUCGCGACUCCUCCAACGCAACUCAAAGAUCACAAGAGAUUACUAUCCACGCUUCAUACGAGGACCUCACCGAGCUCCAGCUGCAAGCCUUCCCCGAAGUCCCAACCGGAAUUCCAGCCCUAAACCAUAUCCCAAAGCGCGUAUCCAGCAUCUCCAAGCUCUCGCUGCAUUCUCUCCCCCAGUAA